AUGGCCCAACUCACCACUCCUGAAUGUAUCAUAAGCCAGAGCCCAGGAGUAAAGAGCUCAGACAACAGAGUCCUGCAAAACAUGGAACCUAAACUCAAGCAAAUCCCCUAUUUUCGCUGUGAGAAGGGAAGUGAUUCGGUCCCCGUGUGCCAGAAGUGUGAAGCAUGUGUCUUAGCAUGGAAGAUCUUUUCUACCAAAGAGUGGUUCCAAAGGGUCAACGACAUAUCACAGAGGAGAUUUCUAGCCAGCAUCCUACAACAGUUAAACAGCUUGUACUUGUUAAGGUAUUUCCAAAAUAUCCUGCAGACCACCCAGGGAAAGGAUUUCACCUAUAACAGGUCCCGGAUCAACCUCAGCAGGCAGGAGGGGAUGAAGGCGAAGGUCAUGAAGUCUUCCUUGAACCGGAUGUUGGAUAAAGCAGCAGAACAGAAGAUGAGGGAACUCUUGUUCUGGUUUGGCAACAGCACUCACCGGACCAAGGCAAAUUACACUCUCUUGCUGCUGCAGAUGUGCAACCCCAAAUUACUGCUCACUGCUGCCAGUGUAAUCAGAGUCCUGUUUCUGAGAGAGUGGAACAACAUCUCAGAGCUCCAUCAAGACUCUGCCGAUGUACUGUUUUUCCCUGAGAAAGAUGACAAGUCUGAGGUCUCACAUGUCUAUUGGGCGGCUAAACCCAGGCCCAUACCAUUCCCUUUGUCCAAAGCCUCAGCAAAUAAAAGUAUGUUUGAAAAUGAGGCAGGAAAAACAACUACAUCUGGUAAGUUGGAUAAUAAUUCGCUGUACUAUAUUUCCGAGAUGAAUAAGCUAUUUUCUACACAAUCAGGCAUACACGAGCCAGGGCAUGAUCACUUCAAUCUGCUGAUGAACGCAGAUGAUGUCAGAGCCCUGUCUUCUGGGUUCAGCCAACACCGGGACUUUAUCCGUCACCUCCCCAUCCACCUCUCCAAGUACAUUCUAAGAAUGCUGGAUCGAAAUAGCCUGAACAGAUGUGCCUCCGUGAGCCAGCACUGGGCUGCUCUGGCCCAGCAGGUCAAGAUGGACUUGUCCAUGCAUAACUUCAUUCAGAACCAGAUUUCUCUCUUGCAGGGUUCCUACACAAGGGGAAUAGAUCCCACUUACGCCAAUAAGCUUUCUAUCCCAGUUCCUAAAAUGAUAGAUGAGAAGACGUGCAUGCGUAUGAAAAAUCCAAAGUGGAAAUUGAGAACAAAGACUGACUACAGCUUGUGGACUGCGUACCAGAACCAGGAGACUCAGAUGAUCCCAAUGGAGGAGAGGAAUGUUUUCUGUGGCACUUACAAUGUCCGCAUUGUCUCUGACACGUGGGACCGGAACAGAGUCAUCCACUACACUGGGGGAGACCUGGUAGCCCUGUCCUCCAAACGGAACGUCUACCUCCUGGACAUCGCCCAUGUCAAGUUGCUGCCCAUCGAGUUCCGAGGCCACGCGGGCACCGUGCGCACCCUCUUCCUGUGCGAGGAGGAGAAAGUCCUCCUGAGCGGCAGCUAUGACCUAAGCAUCAGAUGCUGGGAUCUGAAAACUGGAGCUUGCAUACGAAUCUUCUAUGGCCAUCAGGGGACAAUCACUUGCAUGGAUUUAUAUAAGAAGAGGCUCGUGUCUGGGGCAAAGGAUGGCCAGGUGAAAGAAUGGGAGUUACACACAGGAAAGUGCCUGAAGACGUUUAAACACAAAGACCCUAUCCUGGCCACCAUCAAUGACACUUACAUUGUGAGCAGCUGUGAGCGAGGGUUAGUCAAAGUGUGGCAUAUUGCCAUGGCCCAGCUGGUAAAGACUCUCACUGGGCACGAGGGAGCCGUGAAGUGCCUGUUCUUUGACCAGUGGCAUCUCCUUUCUGGAGGUGCUGAUGGCCUGGUAAUAGCCUGGAGCAUGGUGGGAAAGUACGAGAGGUGCCUGAUGGCCUUCAAGCAUCCAAAGGAGGUGCUCCACGUGGCCCUUCUCUACCUCCGGGUCAUCAGUGCCUGUGCAGAUGGCAAAAUCCGCAUUUACAGUUUCCUCAACGGGAACUGUCUGAAGGUGAUAAAAGUUGAUGCCAGAGGUGACCCUGUGCUGUCUUUCUUCUAUCAGGUCGACAGGAUGGUGGUCAACACAGAGAGCAAUAUUCUUAUGUUCAACUUUGAGCAUGUGAAGUGGCAGUAUGCCCAUGAAAAAAGUAAACAGAAGAAGAAGAAGGAUAGAGAGGAUGAAAAGGAGGAAAGCAGCCUUGGGGACAUUCCUUCCAAGUCUAGCACUCAGGUUUAUAGCCUGAAAGAGUCUGAGACCCAGGAGUCACAAGUGCCUAAAUUUCCCAAGGCCCGCGUUCCUGUGAAGCCGCCCAAGACACCUUCAGCCAUGUUAUUAGAGAUACCUGAACAACAAGGAAGGCCCAAAUCACCCCGAAAAAAUGCAGAUGAUGUGGAAACUCCUGUAAAACUGUUCAGUCUCUCAAAGAAAAAGUUUUGGAAAACCUUUAUAUCACCUGACCGGUUCCUCUUGACUGUCAGUGCCCUGCAACAAGCCCAUAAUUCCGGGGAAUUUGCCUAUCCACACAGGCCCCAAACCCAAGUCAUUGAUGCCUGGGGACCUUCAAUUUCAUACCCAAGGAAGGUCCUAAAUUUCAAAGGAAAAACAAUGCAACAUGAAGUUGAUCGGUUGAGAUGCAGCAAUCCUCCCAUAGAUGUGAAGCAAACCAAAACUCCCCUUGAAAUCCAGAAACUGCAGCCCAACUUGAAAAAAUCUUUGCACAGUCCCAGAGUUCAGUCUACCAUCCCCCAGCCCAUGGUUAUCCGCUCCAAGUUCCCUGGCAGCUUAAAGGGUGAAGAACAGUUGACCAGUUCAAUUGAUGGAGCAGUACGCAGUAUGGGCCCCCUGACCAGCAUGCAGGUCAUUAAACCCAGCCGGAUACUAACUCCACAAGUGUGUAUAGACACCCUAGCGCUCAAGAGAGAACGGUCUCGCUUCUAUACCACCCUGGAUCCCUUCCGAAUGCACAACGAGUUCAUGCUAUUGACUGUGAAAGAGGAGAAACAGUACGAGGAAGCCAAGAUGAAGGAGUAUCAGGCCAGUGAGUCCACCAGAGCAGUGGAUGCGGGAAAAGACAGUAAAACUGCAUGGAUCCGGAAGAUUAAAGGUCUGCCUAUUGAUAAUUUCAUGAAGCGAGGGAAAAUAGCAGCCCCUGAACUCGGACAAAAUGUAUUUAUCUAA